UUCUCUAAUGUCAAGAGAUUAUAUUUUAAGUCCUUCGGGUGGGUUUAUUUCCGGGAUUGCGUGUCUGCGACAUAAACAAGAAACAUGUCGAAGGUUACGUUCAAGAUUACCCUGACGUCAGACUCAAAACUACCGUACAAAGUGCUGUCAGUACCAGAUGGGGCUCCUUUCACUGCAGUCCUCAAGUUUGCCGCUGAGGAGUUCAAGGUCCCAGUUGCAACGAGUGCUAUCAUCACUAACGACGGAAUUGGAAUCAACCCAGCACAGACUGCAGGUAGCGUCUUCCUGAAGCACGGAUCUGAGCUGAGAUUGAUACCUCGGGAUCGAGUAGGAGCAUGUGUUUAGUUUUGUGAAUGUGUGAUCUAAGUCUUUAUAAAGUGGAUGGAUUCCUCUUCACAUGUUUGUGUAAAAGCAGUUUAAAAAAUAUUUGAUACAGACGAAUAAACAUUUUGGCUGUAUAAUUUGUUCUUCCGAGACAACAGAAAACUCAGUUUCCAAUAUUAAUUCUUUCAGAUAAUCUCAGGAACAGCCAGGGUAUAGUGCAAAUUGUUGUUGGAGUUUCUCAAAAGUUUUUACAAUACUUUUGGAGCAUAAAUAGUUUAAAUGCAAAGAUCUUGGCUCUAACACUUUUAGCCAAAAGAUUUGAAAAUAUUCUACCUACAGCUGUGAAAUCAACAAAACUUCUCUGUCAAUCUAAUUGCUGUGAGAUGAGUAUACAUGAAAGUUAAUGAACAGCUGUAAGUUUUCCUGUUGAAUGUCUUCAUUAAAUAAUUCUUGCUUGUAUUUUUUUUAUUGGAUGAAGAGAGUAUGGCUGCUGUAAAUAAGUGUACAGUUAGAAAGUAUUUAAAUGAUGUGAUGUAAUGGAAUGGUGUUGGGUAUGAGUGUAUUGUUUUGCGCUACACGUAUAUAUAUGUAUUUUCUUCGUUCCUUUGUUUGUUGGGACGAAGUGCCUCACUCGGCUAAAUGUGUAUCUCUGUAUUUGUUUGGUUGAUUGUUCACACAAGUGUUUUGUUUUUGUCUCCUCUGAGAUCACGUGCUUCGUGUCCUACGUGUUUUAUUAUUUCUUUUGUAGCCGGCUGUAUUUUUAAUGGUAAAAUAGUUGACAGUUAACUGCUCCUCUGUCCGUGGACCACUCAUGAUGUCACUACAUUAGAUACUAAAAGUGACAACUGUGUGGAUUUUAAAAAAUUUUCUUUUGCGUCAGAUCUUGAUUUUCCUGUUUUACAACCCCCGGAAUUUGUCAGUGAACAUUUGGUGUUUUCAGUUGUAUUGCUUACUUUCGAGAUAGGGGUAGAAUAUUACAAUAUAAAUUAUUUCUUAAUAAUGGCUCUCUUUUCUGCAGUGGAUUGUGAGGACUUUUGUUUCAUACUUGUGAUUAUUCAAAUUUUGCAAUAUAUGGUUUGACAAACAUUUGUUUGGACUAAGCUGUGUGUAAUUUUUUUUUCUGUCUCUGUUUUUGCCGUCUGUGUUUGUAUCCUCGUCAGUUCUUUUACUGUUUAGUCUUCAAUGUACUGUUCCUAGGUAUCAUUUAGUUCUCAAGUGUUAUUGUUAUUUCCAUUUUCCCAUGUUCAAAGAAAAAUACUUUUUUGCU